CGGUAGCACACUGAACCAAUUAGAUGCAUCCUUCUCCCUCAGCUUCUAAAUCAAAGAAAAUCCAAGUUAGCGUGACGCAGAACAGAACCAAGAUGCUCAAUCUCACAAGUCCAAGUCCUAGAUUUAACCGCUUCUUGGCGUGUCUCUUGGUUACGUUGCUCCAAAUCCAAACCAAGGUGCUAUGCUACCAGUUCAAAGUUGGAGAUCUACAUGCCUGGGGAAUCCCCACUUCGCUAAAUUCACAAGUAUACGACAAAUGGUCCAAAUAUCACAACCUCACCAUUGGUGAUUCGCUCUUGUUUCUAUACCCACCAAGUCAAGAUUCGGUGAUUCAAGUGACAGAGGAGUCCUACAAGAGCUGCAACCUUAAAGAUCCAAUCUUGUAUAUGAACAAUGGCAAUUCUUUGUUUAACAUUACAUCAGAGGGGAACUUCUACUUCACUAGCGGUGAGCCUGGCCACUGCCAAAAGAAUCAAAAGCUUCGUAUAACUGUGGGAGUUGGGGGAAACGUGAAUGCACUUUCUCCAACUUCAUUGCCUGCAAACGCACCCUCUUAUCCAACUGUGUUUGGCACCAUUCCAAUGUCUCCUUCUUCCACGCCUCAGAUAACUUCAAAUUUUUCACUUCUCAUUAUUGGACUCUUUGUAUGUGCCAUCUCUAGCCUGUUGUAA